GAUGAGGACAUGAUGGUACACUUCGCUUUGAACUCAUUGCCAAAGGAUUUCAAGUCUCUUAGAGAAACCUACAUUGCUCAGAGGGAAUGCUGGACAUUGAAUGAUCUGAUCACUAUAUGUGUUCAACAAGAACACAAUAUCAUAAGGGAAAGAGGAGCAAAAAUGGUGAACAUGGUUCAGACCAAGGAGAGAAAGGAAAAUAGGCACAAUGCAAUAGCUGGAAAAGAAAAGGGCAGCAGCACUGAAAAAUAUCUGAAACCAUCGACUGGAAUGAAAUGUUUUUUCUGCAAGAAAGCAGGACACAUGAAGAAAGAAUGCAGAAAGUACAAAAAGUGGCUGGAUAAACAGAAAAACAAAGGGAUUCAUAAGGAAGAGGUUGCCAAGCAAGGAUGAAGUAAAGGUGUUCGUUGGCAAUGGAGAAAAAGUUCAAGUAGAAUUCAUAGGAACUGUUAGAAUUGAAUUAGAUUUUGGUUUUGUUUUGGAG